AUGGUUUGGACGCAGCUACAAGCUCGGAGUGACUCUGAACCUUAUUUAGAGAGGGAGGGAUGCUAUCUCCCUAUCUUCGUUGCUUGCAUGCUCAUCGUAUACCGGCGUAAACGCAAAGCUUACAAGACCCAGAUGUUAGCGAUGGUAUUACUCGCCUUGGCUAGCACUGCAUCGGUGAUCGUUCAAUGCGUGAACCAAGGGAGGGCAUUGUUGGCGUUAUGGGAUUCAAAGGCUGCGUUGAAGGGUGAUGCAGGAGAACGCUCGAAAAUUGUCCAGGAUGAUAUGACGACGGCGUUAAUACAUGACUAUGCGGUGCUUGGUAUAUAUAUUUUCUCAAAUGUUAUAGCGGACGCUUUGCUGCUUUAUCGGUGUUUCAUCAUUUGGGAGAAAGACAUGCGCGUGGUGUUGCUUCCUGUUCUGGGGUUCUUGUGCAAUCUCGUUCUAGGGAUUCUGGGAUUAUCAUACAAUGAUGAAUUCGUAUUUUAUUUUUGGAUAUUGACGAUUGUAGAGAAUAUCGUUCUCACAACACUCAUCACUGGAAGAAUCUGGUACAUUAAUCGCACGUCUGGCGAAAUCCUUGGCUCUACGGUAAAGACGAGAUAUAAUAUGAUUGCUGCCAUCAUCUUGGAAUCUGGGUCUGUCUACUCGGCCAUUGUGCUUGCAACUUCAAUAACAUCAAUGAUGCCCCAUAAUGCCAUAUUGGCUUCGUGCAUGUUAGCCGCUGCGACGCAAGUUGUUGGUAUUGCGCCUUGUCUCAUUAUCAUCCGUGUUGCUUUAGACGUCGACACGCGGGACCCAGAGCUUGCUUCCAUAGCUAUCAUUACUAGUCAUGCGACACAACAUACGAUGCAGGACCCUUCUGAAUUGCAGAACAACAUACUGGAAUCAGAAGAGGCACUUUUUUCCAAGGAGGUGAAGGAAAACACUGGGAUUCAUGAACAAAACCUUCAUGUUCGAGUCUGGGACCAAUUCCAUAGUCAAAAUACUGGUCAAGGCAAAUAUAGUGCAAUCGUAGAUACUGAUGAUGGCGAAGAUUCAAAACUCAACAGUACCAAUGCAUCAUCUACCAGCAUGAUAGACUCUCGUACUCACGUCGACGACAUGCCUACACCCAAGCCCACACCGAAUGCACAGCAGGUGGAGUUUGCAAGAUCGGAUACGGCAGUGCUGGGAUGGUACUCGCUAGAACCGAGUUCAGGUUCCUAG